UACAGCCAACAUUUGUUAGACAAUUCAUAUGUUCUACCGCUUCUGUUCUAUUCAUGAUCAUGACAUGAGCUCCAAACAUCGUAACCCUAACCCUCAUCUCAACAGCCGUGUCCAUCAACCGAAGAUCUGCGGAGGGGGAGGGGUCAUAUGGAGACAUGCUACUCUCAACGCAGUCAUCAUUGGACCAUUGAUUGGCCCGGCUUUGCUUGGGGAAAUACCCCAUGUCAUCAUGCCCAUGAUAAAAAGAGCCAUGAUGGCUACUCCCGCAGCCAUGAAACCGCUCAAUUGACUCUCCUCGCGCUCAAAAAUGACUGUCACAAAGCUCCCCUUCCACGCCGACCACAUCGGCUCUCUCAUCCGCCCUGAGGCGCUAUCUCGCACCCAGGAGCAAGCCGAUGCCGGCCAGGUCACUGCUGAGCAGCUUGCUGCGACGCAAAAGGCUGCUAUUGCCGAUAUCGUGAAGAAGCAGCAGGAGCAUGGAGUUCGUGCUAUUUCUUCCGGCGAGUUUGACCGCAAGUACUACUUCUCUGGAUUCUUUGAGCGUCUAGGUGGUUUCCGCGAAGUUGAGCCUGUUCCCUGGGAUCUUGUCCGUCUCUCUGCGCCUCCCAUCGCUGCGCUGAAGAAGGCCGGUAAGCAGUAUCCCAUGGCUGCUCUUUGCGAGUCCAAGAUCGAGUACAAGAAGAGCCCUUACCUCGAGAACUGGAAGAUGCUCCGCGAGUGUGUUCCUCGCGAGCAGUGGGCUGAGUGCAAGUUCACCAUGCCUCCUCCUUGCUAUUUCCACCUGCGACUUGCCUCUGGAAAGUGCUACAGCCCUGAGGCUUACUCUAAUGAUGAGGACUUCUUUGCCGAUUUGGCCAAGGCUUACCGUCAGGAGUUCAAGACUUUGUACGAUGAGGGCGUGCGAAACAUCCAGAUCGACGACCCCACCCUUGCCUACUUCUGCUCCGAUGAGAUGCUUCAGUCUCUGAGAGAUGAGGGUGUUGAUCCUGACAAGCUGUUCGACACUUACCUCAAGGCUCACAACGAUGCUAUUGCCGACCGACCUGAGGGUCUCCACGUUGGACUUCACGUCUGCAGAGGAAACUUCUCCAAGUCUAUGCACUUCAGCGAGGGUUCAUACGAGAAGAUCGCCGAGAAGUUCUUCACCGUCCUCAACUACGACACCUUCUUCCUCGAGUACGACAACCCUCGUUCCGGCGGUUUCGAGCCCCUUCGCUUCCUCCCCAAGCACAAGAACGUCGUCCUCGGUGUCAUCACCACCAAGGAGCCCGAGCUCGAGGAUGCCCAGGUCAUCAAGCACCGCGUGCUCGACGCUGCCAAGAUCAUCGCUGAUGGUCAGGGUCGCAGUCUUGAGGAGGCCCUUGAGCAGGUUGGCAUCAGCCCUCAGUGCGGUUUCGCUAGUGUCGCUGUCGGCGCUGAGGGUAUGACUGAGGAGAAGAUGUUUGCCAAGCUCAAGCUUGUCAACGAUGUCGCUAAGGAGAUCUGGCCUGGCAAGGCUUAAAAGUUGAUGUUUUAAAAAGUUGUAAAAGAACAGAAAAGUUGUACAUAGGCUUGGGGAUUUGGGAGUGACUGUUGCAUAGCGUGGUGUUGAACGUGGUGUCGAAAAGAAAGAUGAAUGACCGCCAUAGCACUUUGAAUGCUAUUAGGCUUGUGUGCUCCUAUAAGGGCUUUUUCAGUGCAAGAAGUGAAGAACUGGCGAUAUCAUUAAAGAGCUGUUUGUCUAUGCAAUCCUCGACUCAAUCUCACCUGUCAUGACUACACUCACCUUCA